UCUAGAACGUCAAACGCUCUUUUCAAUAACAACAGCCAUUGGUAGGAAUGUCUGGGUUUUGUUUAAAGUCUGUUGGCUCAAUCCAUUCAGAUCAGUCUUUGCCUGGAUGUCUUGGAGACAGCCGCGUUACCCUCCGCUUCGCUAUUUCCCUGAACCCUGUGAAUUGCACUCUGUUAAGUAAACAGUACUGAGUCGCCGAUCAUUGCACGCUCUCCCACAAAUCAGUACAAUUCUCCAGCAGUGAGGGCGCAUCGGAUUUUAAAUCUGCUCAUUCCGGGAUGGCAUCUCUGCUGUAGCCAAACCGUCUUUUCUUAUGCAAAGUGAAAGACAUUUGAGAAAUUGACAAGUUUAGUCAAUUUCUGGAGUUGGGGGAGGUUUUUUUUUCUUUUCACCCCCUUUUUCUGUUUUCUUUUUUGCUUUGACUGCUUUAAAUAUUGCUGCUACACAAUGCCAAGAUUGGGAAUAUACCCGCAGAUACUGCUGUUGCAGUGUGUUAUCUCGACUUUUUUGUGUAAUGCGUUUGCUUUUACCGAGGAACCCGCAGAUAAAACCGCGAAGUCGGAUGGAUAUUGCAGUAGGAUUUUAAGGGCUCAGGGUACAAGGAGAGAAGGUUAUAACGAGUUUCGACUGCGAGUAGAGGGAGAUCCAGAAUAUUACCAGCCUGGAAGCACCUACAGAGUGACUUUGUCCGCAUCCAGCCCUUCUUAUUUCAGAGGCUUUACACUCAUUGCUUUGAAGGAGGGAAAGGAUGGCGACAAGGAUGAGGAUUAUGCUGGCAAUUUUCAGAUCAUCGAUGAGGAGGAUACUCAGUUUAUGACCAACUGUCCACCUGCGGUGACUGAAAGCACCCCAAGGAGACGAACCAGGAUACAAGUGUUCUGGACAGCACCCCCUACUGGUAGUGGCUGUGUCAUUCUGAAGGCAAGCAUUGUGCAGAAAAGAAUCAUUUAUUUCCAGGAUGAAGGCUCCCUUACAAAGAGAAUGUGUGAAAAAGAGUCGCUGUUUGGGGAAGCAACAGAGAAACCCAUUCUGGAGUGCUGUGCCUGUGGAACAGCCAAAUACAGGGUUACGUUCUACGGGAACUGGUCGGAGAAAAUGCACCCCAAAGACUACCCCAGACGUGCCAACCAUUGGUCAGCCAUCAUUGGGGCGUCCCACUCCAGGAACUAUGUGCUGUGGGAGUACGGGGGCUAUGCCAGUGAGGGGGUCAAACAGGUGGCCGAGCUAGGGUCACCAGUCAAGAUGGAGGAGGAGAUUCGGCAGAAGGGCGACGAGGUUCUGACAGUCAUCAAAGCGAAGGCGCAGUGGCCCGCAUGGCAACCCCUGAAUGUACGGGCCGCCCCCUCAGCAGAGUUCUCGGUAGACCGCACACGCCACCUGAUGUCCUUCCUCACCAUGCUGGGCCCGAGCCCCGACUGGAACGUGGGGCUAUCUGGUGAGGACCUCUGCACAAAAGAGUGCGGCUGGGUCCAGAAGGUGGUGCAGGACAUGAUACCCUGGGAUGCUGGCACGGACAAUGGGGUCACCUACGAGUCUCCCAACAAGCCCACAAUCCCCCAGGAGAAGAUUCGGCCUCUCACCAGCUUGGAUCACCCCCAGAGCCCCUUCUAUGACCCAGAGGGAGGUCCCAUCACUGCUGUGGCCAGGGUGGUGGUGGAGAGGAUUGCCAGAAAGGGAGAGCAGUGCAAUAUCGUCCCUGAUAAUGUGGAUGAUAUCGUGGCAGACAUUGCCCAGGAGGAGAAGGAGGAAGAUGACACCCCAGAGACCUGUAUCUACUCCAACUGGUCCCCCUGGUCAGCCUGCAGCUCCUCCACCUGUGAGAAGGGAAAGCGCAUGAGGCAGAGGAUGCUGAAGGCCCAGCUAGACCUCAGUGUGCCCUGCCCACAUACCCAGGACUUUGAGCCCUGCAUGGGGCCAGGCUGCAGUGAUGAAGAUGCCUCCACCUGCAUGAUGUCAGAGUGGAUCACCUGGUCCCCAUGCAGCGUGUCAUGUGGGAUGGGCAUGAGGUCCCGGGAGAGGUACGUCAAACAGUUCCCCGAGGACGGCUCCAUCUGCACCCUGCCCACCGAGGAGACGGAGAAGUGUGUCGUCAACGAGGACUGCUCCCCCAGCAGCUGCCUGGUGACAGAGUGGGGUGAAUGGGAUGCAUGCAGCGCCACCUGCGGGGUGGGCAUGAAAAGGCGCGAGCGCAUGGUGAAGAUGCCCCCCUCCGACAGCUCACUCUGCAACGUUGAGUUAGCGGAGGUGGAGAAGUGCAUGAUGCCCGAGUGCCACACCAUCCCCUGCAUGCUGUCCCCGUGGUCGGAUUGGAGCGACUGCAGUGUGACAUGUGGGAAGGGCAUGCGUACACGCCAGCGGAUGCUGAAAUCACCCGUGGAGCUGGGGGAGUGCACAGAGGAGCUGGAGCAAGUGGAGAAGUGCAUGCUGCCCGAGUGCCCCACGGAUUGCAUGGUGUCAGAGUGGUCAGAGUGGUCAGAGUGCAACAAAUCAUGUGGGAAGGGCCAUGUGAUCCGAACACGGAUGAUCAAGCUAGAGCCACAGUUUGGAGGAGACCCCUGCCCCGAGACAGUGCAGAGGAAGAAGUGCAAGAUCCGCAAAUGUAACCGAGGUUCUGGCACCAGUGACGAGAGGAAGAAACGCAAGGAGGACCGUGAGAAGAGGAGGAGUAAACCGAACCGUGAUGAGACAGCCCAGGAGCAUGCAGGUUGCAAGAUGCGGCCGUGGUCGGGCUGGACGGACUGCACCAAGCCGUGCGGUGGGGGGAUCCAGGAGCGCUUCAUGACGGUGAAGAAGAGGUUCAAGAGCCUGCAGUUUGCCAGCUGCAAAGACAGGAAGGAAAUCCGCGCCUGCAACGUGCACCCCUGCUAGGAGCGCAGGCCAGGGGAUGGCAGCACUGCAUCACUGAAAGAUCCCAUGCACUCUGUUUAGGGCUGGCAAGGAGCAAAAUCAGUCUUGUUUUAAUCCAGGUUUCACUGUGGUGGCAAACUUCCAUCUGCUUGUCAGGAGGGGGCUGUGAGGGUCCCUGCAGGGCAUUUAAAAGGCCGCACAAAGGUGAGAGGACAGGCAAGAGUAAUUAAUUACAUGGCCACUUUUUCAGCAGGCUCAUAUAUUUCAAUGUAACCACCCAUAUACCAAUGUUACACAGCCCAGUUACACAAAACACUUAUUUUUUUUAACCAUUUUUUUGUUAGACUUCUAAACUCCAGCUGCAGUUUUACUAAUAUGACAAAGGUAUACUUCUUAAAUUGUUCAUGCCCAAAUUGAUUUUUUUAGUUUGGAAAGUUAAACUUUUCUGUAGUGCUUAGUGGAGGUACCCUAGUCUGAGAAGAGGAAUUGCAAUGAGAAUGUUGCAAAUGACCAAGCGAGGACCUAGUCAGACUGAUAAACACUGGUAGUACUGUCACCAUUGUGCAGGAUUUUUGAUGGUUACCCCUAGCCCUGUCAGUAGCAUUUAAUCCAUAAUCAAAAAAAUAAAGUUCCAAUGCAAACCAAACAGCCACAUUGAGGAUGCGUCACCCAGAGUCAAUGUCUGAUUGAUAUGGCAACAACACGUCUGAUUAAAACAGAUUGAUUUUCCACCAAUGUACAAAAAUAGCUCUGUUGCAUAUAGAAUUCCUUGCAAGAUUACUGUAAACUUGUUGUGGUAUACUAUUCUUAAAUAAAAAAAUACCAAUCAGUUAAGAAAUAGAACUGUUAUAUCCUGUGGUAACUUCUUCAAUAGUUUAUUAUAUUCCUGAACUAAAAGCACAGGUAACCAACCAUUCCAGCAUUUUAUACACCUCAAGAUGCUGUUUUUAGGACAAGAAUCCGACGUGACUUUUAUUCUCCUGUAAUACAAGUAGAGUCUCUACAGCGUAAGUUCCUUUUUUAUUUUGUGCAUCAUUAGAGAAUUUGUUACUUUGGCUGUGGAAUUUUGAUAAGAAUGUCACCCAGGAUUCUUACCAAAGUCUUGUGUAGAUGUUUUGUAGAUGUCUCUCAUUCUCUUUCUCCCCCUCCCUUUUUGCCUCUCUUUCUCUUUAUCUGCCUUUCUCUUUC